CUUUCAUAAAUAAGAGUUUGUUCGUUCUACAAUCACUGAGUUGUGAACGAAAAAUUAUUCGGGAAAAGUGCUCUUCUGCUUACAUUUUGUUUGUAAACAAUAUUUUUAUACUUCAUCAAAUGGAAUGGCCAACAGAGAAGUUAUUACGACUAAUAGAUCUAUUUAAAAGUAAGCGCUGCCUUUGGGAUCCACAGGAUAAAAAUUAUAAGAAAAGCAUUAUUAAAGACAAAUCUUGGAAUCAGAUUAGCGAUGAAUUGGGAGGAAAUGCCAUUGAGACGAAGAAAAAAAUGGAAUCCCUGCUGGCUUCAUAUCGUCGGGAGCGUAAGAAAUAUGAAUUGGCGCUCGGUGGUUCCAAUCCGGACAAGAUGUAUAUAUCAAAGUGGUUCGCUUUCAAGGCGAUGAGCUUCAUGGCCAACAGAUCAUUCGAAAGGAAACAUCUAUUUGAUCGUCAAGAUCCUUUGGACGAUAUUACAGAACAAGAUAGUAGACAUAGUCAAGACGUUUAUGGGUCCAAACAGGAUAGUGAAGAAUCUGCACAAAAGAGUUUAUUAUCUCAGAACCUGACCUCACCAUCAAGUAAAGAAGCUGAGUGUAAACACAAAUGUUGCCCGCACACAGGUCCCACGAUAAAUACUAGACGAGAUGACAGCGACAUCUUUGGGGAGUAUGUGUCUACAAAGCAUCGAAAAUACAGUGAUCAUGUAAAAAGUGUUGUGGAAAAUCAUAUAGCACAAAUUUUAUUCGAUGCAGAUAUGGGUCUGUAUAAUCCCGGUACAACAACAACGCUUACAAUUUCUGCAAGACCUCCCUUAAUUGAAACGAUUAGAGCAGAAUCGCCAGAAAUUAUUUAUGAAAAAUAGUUAUUUAUUAUUUACAGAAAUCUAUUAUUAUACGAAUAUUAUUACUUCUCUAUUUAUAUUAAAUUUUCAUACGAGUUAAAUCGAGUUGUUGCAUAUUGUUUUUUAAUUGUAUAGAAAGAGACUUGAGUGUGUUCGUUGUUUUAUACAUAUAAUUAUGUAAUAAAAAAAUUAUUUUACUACUUGUAUAUCAUAAGAAAAAGGUUGACGGUUAAUGAGAACCUAAAAAAUUGGUUUUGUAAUAUUUUGAAAUCUGUGUCGCACUUUUAUAUUGUAAUUAAGAUGAUGUUUGUAAAUCUGUUUUCUACAAAAAAAGUAAUUUCCGGUGGAAUUCUCACAGAUGAAAGUUUCUUUUGAAUGAACGAAUUUAAGAAUAAUAAGGGUUACCUGUUCAUUUGAAGAAAUCUUACCAUCGAGCAAAUUUUUCCAUAUCAGUAGAAUUCUUUGAAACAUUUUAAGUCAACAAUAACAACGUGGAAAUUAAAUAGAAUUUGAAAAAUGGUGUUAAAUUCCCACGGCUAAUAAUGAAAUAAGCCAGGUCUAGUACGUAAACUUAAUAAAAUUCAUAGAUAUCUAAAUGCAAAUUUGCAUUGUUAAGAUAAGUGGUGUAUAAUUUUCUUUUUUACGUGAGCAGUAAUUUUUUGUUUUCCGGUAACUCUGAAGCCGGCUGA